AUGGCCGCUGAGGAGGGAGCUCUGUCCGGCCCAAUAGCUAGGUCCUGUCAGAUCUGCCGCGGAGGUACUUGCCUGGCAUCAGACACCUUGCACGAACGCCAGGCAAGUGGUUAUGUCGGCUUAAGGAGAAUUCCCCAAGCUCGGUGCAGUAAACCGUGUCCUCUGGGAUCCAGGAAAAUUCCAGCUGGAGGAAUCCAUGCCUGUUGCUAUCUCUGUGUGCCUUGUUCUGCUGGGGAAAUCUCCAAUGUAACAGACAGUGACAUCUGCCACAAAUGUCCAGAUGACCAGUGGCCAGAUGAAAGAAAAGUGAUCUGUAUCCCCAAAACAUAUGAAUAUCUGUCCUAUGAGAAAGACAUCAUGACUGGGGCAUUUGAGGUUAUCUCUCUCUUAUGUUCUGUUGCAACUCUAUGUAUGCUGGCAUUGUUUGUUUUAUUCCGGGACACUCCAAUUGUGAGAGCAAACAACCGGACUGUGAGCUUCAUUCUCCUCACCUCUAUCUUGCUGAGCUUCCUCUGUGUCUUCUUGUUCCUUGGUCGUCCUGUCCAUAUAAGCUGCAUGCUGAGACAAAUGUCAUUUGGGAUCUUCUUCUCCAUCGCUGUCUCUUGUGUUCUAGCCAAGACUAUCACAGUCUGCAUUGCCUUCAAAGCCUCCAGACCUGGCAACUACUGGAGGAAGUGGGUGGGAGAGAAGAUUUCUAACUGUGUUGUCAUAAUCUGCUCUUCUGUCCAAGUUCUGAUCUGUAUUACUUGUCUGUCAAUGUCUCCUCCUUACCAAGAGUAUGACAUGCACUCUUCUCCUGGGAAGAUCAUCAUUCAGUGUAAUGAAGGGUCAGUUAUCGGGUUCUUCUCUAUGUUGGGGUAUAUGGGGCUUCUGGCUGCUGUGAGCUUUGUUCUGGCUUUUAUGGUGAGGACAUUACCGGACAGUUUUAAUGAGGCCAAGUACAUCACAUUCAGCAUGCUGGUGUUCUGCAGUGUCUGGAUUGCCAUGAUCCCGGCUUAUCUGAGCACCAGAGGAAAGUAUACAGUAGCUGUGGAGAUAUUCGCCAUACUGACCUCCAGUGCUGGAUUAUUAGGAUGUAUAUUUUUCCCUAAAUGUUACAUAAUUAUCAUAAAACCUGAGAGAAAUUCUAGAAAGCUUAUUUUGGGCAAAGUAAAAUUCUAA